AUGGAUACAAGUUGGAUAGAACUUCCACGAUGCCACACUCAAUAUGUCAAAGGUUGUAUGCAAUUCAUUAACUUUGCUAAGGUAGCUCAGGUAGAAGGAAAGAUUCGGUGUCCAUGUAAGACAUGUAAAGUGGAUAAAUGGCUUUGUGUAAAUGAUGUAGAAAGACAUAUCUUGUUUAACGGGUUUUAUAAAUCAUACAAGAAAUGGAUUUUUCAUGGUCAAGGGGAUUUGCUUCAGCGUAUGAUUGGGUGUGAUGGAGGUAGUACUAGCCAAGGAUCCCCACUAGAUCAAACAAGGUUUGAAGGUCGAGAUGAUAUGGGAGGCCUAUUGAGAUCUGCUUUUAGUUUUGAAAAACCCUCAAAUGACCUAACCUUUGAACCACAUGAAAAUAAUGAAAAUGACGAGUAUCUUGAAGACCCUGUCUUUUAUGAAGAGGAGAUUGAUUUAGAAUUUUCAACAACGCAAGAUGAAGCUAAGUAUAAGAAAUUACUUGAUGUUUCCGAUGAGAAAUUGUAUGACGGGUGUACUAAAUUUUCCAAACUGUCUUUUCUUUUACACCUUUUUCACACAAAAUGUAUGAGCCAUUGGUCUGCUGAAUCCUUUAAUAUGCUACUCGAGCUUCUCAUAGACGCAUUUCCCCAAAUACUUGAGUUCCCCUCAUCUUAUUAUCAAAGUAAGAGAAUAAUAAAAGACCUUGGCCUUGGAUAUGAGAAGAUUGAUGCUUGUCCAAAUAACUGUAUGUUGUAUUGGGGUGAUUAUUCAAAGAAAUACAAGUUUCAUGUUUGUGGUACAUCAAGAUGGAAGAAAAAUAAGGGUAGAAAUGAUAAUGUCAGAGAUCAAGAUAAGACUGUUUCUACGAGUGGUGAGCCAGCUAAGGUAAUGCGUUACUUUCCUCUUAUCCCUAGACUGAAGAGAAUUUACAUGUCCUCAAAAACAGCAGAAGAUAUGAGAUGGCAUUAUACUCAUAAUGAUAAAUUGAAUGAUGUUGAUAAGAAGAUGUUAAGGCACCCUUCAGAUGCAUUAGCUUGGAAAUCAUUUGAUCAACGUUAUGAGGAUUUUGCCUCGGAUCCUCGUAGUGUUUGA